AUGACUGAAAGAAUUGUCGGGCCCUUUGGCAGAGACACGCAGCACCCCCACAGCCUCUUCCCCAACGCCCGGUCCACGGCGCAGCACUUUACCGUGUGGUCCGGCCAAGGCAGCGGCGACGCCCAGGGCUUCAUCGUCAUCAAAGGCAUCGAGAUUGUGUGGUUCAACGGCGAGAGAAAGUCCAUUUACAACCACCCGCAGCCCGGCGACACAAAGUCGAGCUUUGAGUUCCAGGACGGCGAAAGGGGCGUCUGGAGCAUCAGGUCCGGCUGGCGCAUCGUCCGAUUCGAGAUUAACACGGACCGGGGCCGGUCGUGGGCGUUUGGCGGCACUUCGGGCGAACUGUACUCGAAUGUGGCAAAUGGAAGGCUCAUUGGGUUUGAGUUGAGCACAGGCUGGGAAGUUGACUGGGCCAAGAUUACAUUCUUGGAGUAG